UAGAUCGGUUCAUUCGAUCCGCAGCGCCGGGCACGUGCCGAUCGGCAGGCGUGCAAUGCUACCACGUCGCCGGCCGUACGCCUCCUUCGAUAUAUCGGAAAGCUGACGCGCGCAGUGAUACCGACCAGGAAUCGAUCUCCAUGCCUGCGGAAUUCCGGCCCCAGGAAUUGUCCGUUGACUUGACGUAAAGCCCGGCGACUAGUCGUCCGGCCGGACUUAUCCUAGACUCUGAAAGUCUCUCCGAACGAAGUAUCAUCUGCCUCCAUCGCCCCUCGAUCGUCGGCAGCUUGGCCGCUUCUUCUUCUUCUUCUAAACAUAGGCGCGACUAGCUAUAUACACAUGCAGGCGGCCAGGCAGCACCUGCCCAUACCUGACUAGCUAGCUCGUUGUUGAGAGCGAAACGUACGAUUUGAAGCGAGGCGCGCGAGCAAGCAUGGACGUGAUGAAGGGCGGCAGCGACGACACUACCCGGGGCGGCGGCGGCGGCGUGUCGGACAAGCGCCGGUGCUCGUGGGCGCCGAUGUUCCCGCCGGCGCCGCCCGAGCUGCGGCUUGAGGCCGGGAAGAGGGGAUGGCGGCGGUGGCCGUCGUCGUCGUGGUGCGCGGCGAAGAGGGCCCUGCUGCUGGCCGUCUGCGUGGCCGCGGCCGUCGUCGUGCUGUUGGCCGGCGCGGGCUCGCUCGACGGGCUGCCGGAUUCCUUGUUCUUCCACGACGCGCAAGUGAACCUCACCGCCGACCACCUCCUCGACGGCCUUCUCACCGCUGAGUUCAGCUACCGGUCAUGCCGGAGCCGGUAUGAGUUCGCCAGCUACCACAAGAGAUCGUCGCAUAAGCCAUCACCCUACCUCCUUUCCAAGCUGCGGAAGCAGGAAGCGCUCCAAAAGCGGUGCGGCCCCGGCACGGCCGCGCACAAAGCGGCCCUCCGGCGGCUUGAAUCCGGCGAGGGCGCCGCUACCGGCCGGGUCGAGGACGGCGACUGCCGCUACCUCGUGAGCAUCGGCUUCCGUGGCCUGGGCAAUCGGAUGCUCGCCGUCGCGUCGGCCUUCCUCUACGCCGUGCUGACCGAGCGCGUCCUCCUAGUCCACUGGGGCAAGGGUGCGGCCGGUCUCUUCUGCGAGCCCUUCCCAGGCGCGACGUGGCUGCUGCCGCGCGCCGGCAAGCGUUCCCCGCUCGGGAACCUUGAUCGGUACGACGGGGAAUCGAAGGAGAGCCUGGGGAACAUACUGCAGAGCGGCGCCGUCGUCGGCGCGUCCGCCGACGGAAACGUGUCGUGGGCGUCUCCGCGGCCGCCGCCGUACGUGUACCUCCACCUCGCCGGCGGCUACGGCUUCCACGACAAGCUCUUCUAUUGCGGCGAGCACCAGCGGCUCCUCCGCGGCGUGCCGUGGCUCCUGAUGAGGACGGACAGCUACCUGGUGCCGGGGCUGUUCCUCACGCCGCCGUUCCGCGGCGAGCUCGAGGCCAUGUUCCCGGAGAAGGACGCCACGUUCCACCACCUAGGCCGGUACCUCUUCCACCCCAGCAACGCGGUCUGGCGCGCCGUCACGAGCUACCACCGCCCCAACCUCGCCGGCGCCAGCCGGCGCGUCGUCGGCAUCCAUAUCAGGGUGUUCCAAAAGAAGCAGCCGCCGCGGCAGGUCCUGGACCAGCUCCUCUCCUGCGUCCGCGGCGAGAGGCUCCUCCCCGAUCAGGUCGCAGCGGCGACGAACGACGCCGUCCUGGUGACGUCGCUGAGCCCGUGGUACCACGAGCGGAUCCGGGCCGAGUACGGCGGCCGGGUCGCCGGCGGCGUGCACCAGCCGAGCCACGAGGGCGAGCAGCGGUGGGGCGAUGCGGCGCACGACGCGAAAGCGCUCGCCGAGAUGUACCUGCUCAGCACGUGCGACGUCCUCGUCACCAGCGGCUUCUCCACGUUCGGGUACGUCGCGCAGGGGCUCGCCGGGCGACGGCCGUGGGUCAUGCCGAGGCCGUCCCCGUGGGAGGAGUGGGCGGCGGGCCAGGCGCCGGCGGAGCCGCCGUGCCUGCGCGCGCCAUCCGUGGAGCCGUGCUUCCACUCGCCGUCGUACUACGACUGCGCGGCGAGGAGGGACGUGGAGCUGGACAAGGUGGCGCCGUACAUCCGGCGGUGCGUGGACGUCAGCUGGGGCAUACAGCUUGUCAAUGAAAGCAGCACCCGGUGGUAACAUUUGUAUGCUACACAUGGCAGUAGAGUCUGAUGUUAUUGUUAUCCGGCUCAAACAUGUGCAAACAAGAAAUUAUGGAUAAUAAAACUUUAGACGAAACAUCCGAACAGGAACAGAUCCAGUAGAUAGGGCAGUAUGCACACGCAUAUACCAUAGGGGAACUUAAUAUAGAAGAAAGAUAGAACUGAUAAUACUGAUGUCUUCGCUUGUUUCAGAACAAGCACCGUUAUGCUUUCUUAACAGUGGUGAGAUCAUCAGCUUGUUCCAUGCAUAGAUAUCCAAAAUGUUUGGUCAGAUGUACAAUAUAUA